GCGCCCUAAAAUCCCAAUCACACAGUACUUCCGGUGGGGCUCAAUCCAGGGGCAGCCAGAACCAUUGAAUAUAACCAAGAAAAAAAACAAAAAACAGCAACAAAUAAAAGGGAAAAAAGUACUAUUAUAUUCCCCCUCUCCCACCCAAUUUCAUAUGCUUGUUUCGCGUAAAGAGUCAGCAGUCUGAUCGGAUUUGUUUGAUUGUUUGGAUUUUUGAUGGCUUCGAAACGAAUACUGAAGGAAUUGAAGGAUCUUCAGAAAGAUCCUCCUACUUCAUGCAGCGCUGGCCCUGUUGGAGAGGACAUGUUUCACUGGCAGGCUACAAUAAUGGGUCCCUCAGAUAGCCCUUAUGCCGGGGGUGUAUUUUUGGUCACUAUCCAUUUUCCUCCGGAUUAUCCAUUCAAACCUCCCAAGGUUGCUUUUAGGACAAAAGUUUUCCAUCCAAAUAUCAAUAGUAAUGGGAGUAUAUGCUUGGACAUACUGAAGGAGCAGUGGAGCCCUGCCUUGACUAUUUCCAAGGUUUUGCUUUCAAUCUGCUCACUUUUGACGGACCCAAACCCUGACGACCCGUUGGUUCCUGAGAUUGCUCAUAUGUACAAGACAGACAAGUCCAAAUACGAAGGAACCGCCAGGAGUUGGACUCAGAAGUACGCCAUGGGUUAAAACAUUACCCUAUGAUGGCUUGAAUUGAUAUAAAUAAAAACAAAUUUCAAAUGUUUUAUCUUCUCUAUUUUCCAUUAACAACGUGUAGACUAGCAUUAGGCGUUGCUCCUCUACAGGAAGAACGGUGAUGCUUUGAAUUUCUUUACGUAUGGAUGCUAAUAUUUGAAUUUUGAAUGUGUGAAACGUUUUUAUC